UCGCCGGAUAGAAGCAAGAGCUCGAUUUCUCUCAAUAAAAUGCGGACUGCAAUUCUAUUUGUUUAUAUUUUAAGUAAAUAAAGAUUUAUCUGUAAAAGAACAGUUGUGAUAUUAGUUAAGACCUUUAAGAAUAAAAUUCGUUAAAUUACAACCUCAAGAUGAUGGAACAUAUCCGGCAAUUCGAUUGGUGUGCACCUAUACCUGAGAGUCAUUUUGUUGAAGAAUCGGACUUGGACAACUGUAACACUGAGAAGAUAAUAAAGAACAGAUUCCACGAUCCCCUCUUAUCGAGUGAGUCAGAAGAUGAGACGCCUGCUAAAAUUAACUGGGAUGAGAUGUUCAGAACAAGAAAAAACCAUAAGAUCAAAGUAUAUGUACCCUGUUUAAGACCUGUGCCACAGUAUCCCAAACUAUCUGCGCUCACAAAUCAGCAGCAUUAUCAAAUAUUGAAAGUGUUAAGCGAGGAGAACCCUCACAUUGCACCAGAUUUAGUGAUACAUAAACCCCAGAGGCAAGACCACAAAGUUUAUGAGGCUGUAAAAGAAAUAUACCUGAAAGAGCAAAAAGAAUACAUGGAAUGGGCAAAGACAUUAUGGUACAUGGACCAUUGUAUUAGAGCUCUACGUCCCAAGCCUGCAGUAGAAACAGUGUAUGAAGCAGAGUUCAAGGUGAAGUUACAGCGGAUGAGUAGUUUACCAAAGAAGUAUGAUAUUGCAGCACAGAUACCAUUAGAGAGUAGGAGGAAAACUUGUGAUGCGGUGUUGAAACAAGAGUUGAUUAAUGUACCUUUAUCGGACAUACCAUUCGCCAAAAUACCAGAGAACAUCAACAAGCAAUUCAGCAUCCUUCGCCCAUGUGCAGUUCCAGAGCCAUGUCAAAAACAUCCUUACCAGUUUGUCUUGCCAAAUGAAAAAGGGGUUUCAGUUCUUCCAACAUCAGAAAUCCACAGGGAGUUAGCUCUGUACGCGUUAACUAAUGGAGCUCAAUACAUAGCCAGUGAGAAUGCCCUUAAGUGUCUCAUGCAACAGAAUAGACCUUGGAUUAUACCGGUAUCUGUCUGUGAGACCAUUGGACCUGAUGGUGACAAAGUCAACGUCGUGGUGUUAGACAGUGAAUUUUCUGCUCACAAGGAGGACCCACAAAUGAGGACAUAUAAGGCAUUUAGACAUCUACUGGAACAGGCUCUCAUACCUAUGAAAGAAAAAGAGAAACUGCUAAAAGACAAGAAGAAGGAAGUACCGUCACCAGUCAAGGCUGAGACUACAGAGGACGCUGACAUGCUCAGCGAUGACGAGGACAGCAUGUUUAUAUGUACCGAUGACAAUACAGACAACACAGAAACAGAAUCAGUACAACCAAGUUGGAGUAAGCGAAUAGAUAAUAAGCUUAAUAAUUCAAACUUGGAGAAGGAUAGUGUGGGGUACAUCACGAGGGCUGUGAGCAGGAAGAUCAGUGAGGAUGUCCAUGAUAUUGGACUCUACAACUGCACUUGUAAAGACACAAUAUACGAGCACCCACCGCGUCGUUCGUUCAAGAGGUGGCAGUUUAGGAGCAAGAGUGAGAUAAACUACGACAUUAUUAUACAUUGUCCACAUAAAGCAAGGAGUAAAACAGGCGAGUUACUUAUCGAACCCAUAGUGGAUUACCAGCUAGAUUUGGGGGCAAGUAAGCAGUCAACUGACAGCAUUCGGAGUUUGGCGCUCUCGCUCAUGCUGAGGAAAAAUGCAUCGGUAGUGCUAGCUCGCGUGGACGGCCCCACCGGCGAGGUGGCCUCGCUCCUGCCGAUGUCGGCGGACACGUUCUGCGGCCAGCACCCCGGCGUGAGCGGCGCCCUACACAACACGCUGUACACCGCGCUGGGGCAGCUGCAGGGGCUCGUGCCCGGCCACUACGUACUGCAGCAUGAGGUGUCGCACGGGCCGCACGCGCUGCUGCUGUCCCCGCGCGGCGCGCGCGGCGCGGGCCUCUCCCUGUGCGGGGCGCCGCCGCCGCGCGACGAGGACAGGCUGGCGCGCAAGCCGCCCGACCUCACGCCUGAACUGCUGCCGUACCACAAAUCCCGAAAGCUGCUUCCGUGCGCCUUCACACCGUACCCCAACCAACUCGUUAGGGAAACAAAGAAACCAGCGCCCAAGAAGAAAGCACCCCCUCAAGCUAUCAAGUUGCAAGCGGAGCAGCCGGAAAGCGGGACCACUCGAAAGGUACCAUCACCUACUGGUGACUUGUCCAACGAAUUUAACGAAUGCCCGACGUAACGUAUGGCUUGCCUCAGAGAUUAGAGGGGAUAGUUCCACUGGGUUCUGUGGUUGCCAACAUUUUACCCAGAUGUUUGUUUUUUGUUGUGAAGCAGCUGCAUUUAGUCUAUUUUACGCUUUUAUAUAUAUUGUGUUAAAAACGUAUAUAUUUUUGGUAACUGCCUCUUGUCUAAAUUUGGUUUUGUUUUCUAUUUAUGUGCUAGAACAUAUUUUCAAAAUUAAAUACCUUUUUACCUGCUUGCUUGAAUUAUACGUUAUGUUUAUUAU